AUGGAGAACGUCCUGAUACUUAUAGUUAGUGCUUUUUUUGUCAUAUUUACUCUGAUUCUACAUACAUAUCUCACCUGGCCUAGUAAGGACGAUGAUAUUCCGGGAUUGAAGGGGAGGAGUAUUCUAUGGUUAUUUGCCCAUCCCGAUGAUGAGUGUAUGUUUUUUGGUCCUUCGAUUUUGAAUCUUUCACAGAAUAACGACGUUAUGGUGCUGUGCUUGUCGAAUGGAAAUGAAUCGGGUCUUGGACGUAUACGAACGAAAGAGUUGGAAGCUAGUUGUAAUACACUUGGUAUAAAAGAAACUUAUGUGAAUAUUGAAAAUCACGCGGCUUUGCAAGAUGAUCCAAGAAUACAUUGGGAUCCUGCAAUAAUAUCUGACAUUCUGAAGGAUUAUGUUACAAAAAAUGGAAUUGACACUAUAAUAACAUUUGACGACAAGGGAAUCUCGGGUCAUCCAAACCACAUAUCAUGUUAUAAUGGGGCCAGGGUAUUUGCCAAGAAUGUUUCAGCAAAUGACGUUCUUAUAUAUAAACUCAAAACCGUCAAUGUUUUCCGAAAAUACAUUUCACUAUUCGACCUAACUUGGACACAUUACAACUAUCAUGUCGCCGAUAUGAAGAAGAAAACGAAUGGUGUUGUCAAGCCAUCGACACCACCUGAUACUGUGCUCCUCGUCUCAAGUUUCGAGAACUAUAUCAAAGCGCGCGAAGCCAUGAAAUGUCAUAAGAGCCAAUUGGUCUGGUUCAGAUAUCUAUAUGUAUUGUUUUCGAGGUAUAUGGUUAUAAACGAACUGGAACGCGUUCAGUAA